AUGGGUGUCCUCGAGAAGCUCUCCCGCAAGGCCGGUGUCAUCGUCGGUGAUGACGUUCUCCGUCUCUUCGAGUACGCUCAGGAGAAGAACUUUGCCAUCCCCGCCAUUAACGUCACCUCCUCUUCCACUGUCAUCUCUUCCCUCGAGGCCGCUCGCGACCAGAACUGCCCCGUCAUCCUCCAGCUCUCUCAGGGUGGUGCUGCUUUCUUCGCUGGCAAGGGUGUCAGCAAUGACGGCCAGGCCGCUUCCAUCGCCGGUGGUAUCGCCGCUGCUCACUUCAUCCGCAGCAUCGCCCCCGCCUACGGCAUCCCCGUCGUCCUUCACACCGACCACUGCGCCAAGAAGCUCCUCCCUUGGCUCGAUGGCCUUCUGGACGCCGAUGAGGCCUACUUCAAGCAGCACGGCGAGCCCCUCUACUCCUCUCACAUGAUUGAUCUGUCUGAGGAGCCCGUCGACUACAACAUCCAGACCACCGCCGCCUACCUCAAGCGUGCUGCCCCCUUGAAGCAGUGGCUCGAGAUGGAAAUCGGUAUCACCGGUGGUGAGGAGGACGGUGUCAACAACGAGGACGUUGACAACAACUCUCUCUACACUCAGCCCGAGGACAUCCUCGCCAUCCACAACGCUCUCGCCCCCAUCAGCCCCUACUUCUCUAUUGCCGCUGGUUUCGGUAACGUCCACGGUGUCUACAAGCCCGGAAACGUCCGUCUCCACCCCGAACUCCUCAGCAAGCACCAGGCCUACGUCAAGGAGAAGAUCGGCUCCAAGAAGGACAAGCCCAUCUUCUUCGUCUUCCACGGUGGCUCCGGCUCCUCCAAGGAAGAGUACAAGGAGGCCAUCAGCUACGGUGUCGUCAAGGUCAACGUUGACACCGACAUGCAGUACGCUUACCUCACUGGUGUCCGUGACUACGUCCUCGGCAAGAAGGACUACCUCCUGUCGACUGUCGGCAACCCUGACGGCGAGGACAAGCCCAACAAGAAGUACUUCGACCCCCGUGUGUGGAUCCGCGAGGGUGAGAAAACCAUGAGCAAGCGUGUCCAGGUCGCUCUCGAGGACUUCAACACUGCUGGCAAGCUGUAA